AUGUCAGCUAUGCCACCCCCGGGACCGGCCUCUGACUGGAUAAAUGGGCUUUACUCCGAAACGUUUCUUCAACGUAGAGGCGUCCUCCCGUUCCAUGCAUCGUCCCCCCAAGCGCAAACUCCAGAUUCGACUGCUCGGGUGCUGCCUCGUUUUGACGAGAAAUCGCAGACAUUCAUGCCCGCCGAACACGAGUGCGUCAUUGUUGCGCUGGAUUUUCGGGAUCUCUGUCGCUGGAAGAUAGCUCUGAACCACCUGGGACAGCAAAAUCACAGCUACAAACCAAUCACGGAGGCUGGAUGGGCGUACAUUGACACCAGGGACAUCCUACGCAAGGGGAUCACCCCGGGGGAUCGUGGGCAAAAGCUCCAGACCUUGAUGGAGCAACACCACUGGAUCGUGAAGGAAUUUCGAGGACACUGGGGCGAAACUUGCCUUGCUAAGGAGCACAAGCCGGCGCCCUACUCCUUUGCGUUCGGCAAGUCUGAGCUAGUUCCGGAACCCAAGCUCGCACACAGACUCAACAACGUCUUCAUGUACCUCUACAAGCUCAACCGGACCGCCGAGGAGAAGGAGCAGGGCAAGUUGCGCAAGGUAGUCUUUCUCACCUGGGACUCUAGGCUGGUAGAGAUGACUAUAGAGCGCCUUGGUCUCAAGUGGUUCAGCCAACCUAACGUCGAGCUAUGGGACAUGCAGAAACGCUUCGUGAGCCCUGGGCCCAGACUCGAGUUUGCCUUACAGACUCUGGGGAUUCGGUUCGUGGAUCAGUUCUUCGGCAACCUCGCACGCAACUCCGGAAACGUCUCAAUGUUUCUCUUGCAGAUGUUCUUGUCCACCUUUUACAUGGCAGACGGUAUGCGGAAUGCCUUUGUCAGGGGCCAGAACCCCCCAUGGCUACCCUAUUCCUGGGCGGGUGUUGAUCUCGGCCAGGUCAACGUGCCUCCUGGUCAACUUCCCACACGUCGGCCUCCUGAGUGCAAGAACGACAACAGCGUUCCUCAGAAGAGUGAUCCCAAGAUUUGGCCAUGA